AUGACCUCUACAACUGGUCCGAAAAACCCUAGAAACAGUUAUUUAGUUUGUUUGUAUUCUCAUUAUUAUUUUAUUUUAUUGAAAAUAAUUUGUCAAAAAUUUGACAUUCAGGCUUUUUCAACUUCCUCUAUUCUGCAGGCGAAAGCUGAAGUAAGAACGAACAAUCAGAGCAAUAUGGUGAUGGAGUUUGUGCUUCUGGGCUUCUCACUGUCACAGCCCAUGGAGCUCCUGGUUUUCAUGCUGCUACUACCCAUCUUUGCCUUGACUCUAAUGGGGAACAUAGCCAUCAUCACCAUUGUGUAUGUGAAUCUCCGACUCCACAUCCCCAUGUACUACUUCCUCUGCAACCUCUCCCUCUUGGAGAUACUCUUUGUCCUCUCUAUCACUCCAAAGAUGCUACAGAACCUGCUCUCCCAGGCCAAAGCCAUCUCCUUCUGGGGCUGUAUCACCCAGUGUUACUUUUACUUCUUCCUGGGCACUGCGGAUUUCAUCCUCAUCGCCAUCAUGUCCUUUGACCGCUACGUGGCCAUCUGCCACCCUCUCCACUACCCUGUCAUCAUGAGUGGGCGUGUUUGUGUCUUCCUUGUCAUGAGUUGUUGGUUGUUUGGGUUUCUCUUCACCCUUUGCCCACUUAUUUUGCUGUGCCAGCUUCCUUUCUGUGGCCCCAAUGUGAUAAACCAUUUCUUCUGUGACUAUGCCCCACUAGUGUGGCUAUCCUGCAUCGACACACACUUCCUCCUCAUGAUCGAGUAUGUCCUUUCCUCGGUGGUUCUGCUCACAUCCUUGUCUUUUACUGCAGUGUCCUACCUUUACAUCAUCGCCACAGUCUUGCACAUCCCCUCAGCAACAGGCAGGAGAAAAGCCUUUUCCACCUGCACCUCCCACAUCACGGUAGCCUCUAUCUACUAUGGUAGUGUCAUAUUCAUGUAUGCUAGGCCCAUCCAGGGCCGCUCCCUGGACCUGCAUAAGGUGGUUGCUGUGUGCAACGUCAUAGUGAGUCCUUUAUUGAAUCCUUUCAUUUACACUUUAAGGAACGAGAAGGUCAAAGAGACCCUCAAGGAAUACUUGACUAGAAAGAGUUCUGUUCUGCAACCAGAGCCUUGAUACACAUGCAUCUUCAUCUCAAUAAUGAAUUGCUGCUUUUAUCCGUUGAGUGUCAUUGUUAUUUAGAGGGGUGGAAGCUUGACUUAGGCUCAGGAUUCCUGGGUUCUAUUCCUGGACCUGCUGUGCGACCUUAGCAGAGUCUGUUUCCCCUCUCAAUCUUUUUUCAUUUAGGUUAGGAUUUUCCAAACAUCUAAGUAAUUUAAAAGCUCAAGUCCCAGCUCCUCAAUCAAUCCAUUGCUUUUGACAUCCCCACUCUUAGACUAUAAACUCUCCAGGGCAAGAAUUGUCUCCUGUCACCAUCUGUUUAUACAGUGCCUAGCACAAUGGGGUCCCAAUCUCUGUUUACAGGCACUCAUGUAGCAUAAAUAAAAAGAGUUCCUGGGAAUUUCAAAGGGGUCUAAGGGAGUAAGACACCCACCUUCUAUUAAAUUGCAAUGAG